GUUGCAAACAAAAAUUUAAAACAGAAACAUGAGAAAGUUUUCAAAGAUACAGAAACGUUUUUUGUUAAUAUUUAUUUUGAUUAUAAUUUUUAUUGCUAUCUACGAAAUUCGAGAUUUAAAAAGUUGUAACUCAUUAAUGCUAAAAGAAAAAAUAAAAACACCGUCCGGUGUAGAAAUACCAAAAUAUGUCGAAAGUUCACAUUUUAUAUCUUUCGGAAACUUAUCCAAAGAAUGUGAAUAUAACAAUAAAAACGAAAUUGUUUGUCCAGAUGUUAGACAUUUUGGAGAAACCAUGCACAGGCAAGUUUUGUUAACAAUAACAAGAAUGCUAGCAAUUAUCAAUUUAGUUUGCGAGCGUCACUCCAUAAAGUAUUGGCUUUUAGCUGGAACUUUACUUGGAUCUUAUCGAAGUAACAAGCUUAUUCAUUGGGACGACGAUGCAGAUAUAGGAAUGUUGCUUGAAGAUUAUCAACAAUUUUUGAAACAUGUUCGCAAUGAAUUACCUGAAGAUUUAUAUUUUCAAGAUGGAUCUGAUGAUAUUCAUUUUAGAAGCACAAAAUUUGUUAAUGCAAAAAUUAGAGAUCGAAACAGUUGCUACGGGUAUUGCAUUAGAAAAGGAUGCCAGUGGCACGAUGGAAUUCAAAUUGACAUUUUCGUUUUUUUAAAAAAACAAGAUAAUUCAGACGUAAUAACAAGUACUUUUCCUCGAUUUGAAUUUAACUCCAAAAAUAUUUUUCCGAUUAAAAAAACGUUUGUAGAUGGAGUGUUACUCUCAGUCCCAGCAGAAAGCCACAAAAUUUUAUUAUUUUUGUACGGAUCUGACUAUUUGAAACCGAUUUCUAAUGCGUGCCCGUCCGGAAGAAUUCCAUUUCCAUGGUACAGCUGCGAAUAUCUAGGUAGUUUAUCUUUGAACGAUCGAAUAAAAAUUCUUAAAGAAUCAGAAAUUCAUUCAAACUUUUUAUUUCAGUACAUAUAAUGACUUUUUAAAAGUUUUUUUAAAAUUUGUGCAUUAAAUUACAUAAUUGAACUAAUUUUAAUUUUUGUUUUAUCCACUAAAAUCAAAUAUAUUUCAUAUUAGCAUGAAACAUUUCAAGGACAUUUACAAUAGUACAAGUACUAAUAUAAAGUAAAUACCUAAAAAUAUAACAUAUCAAUACAAACAAUGAUGAAAAUAGCAAUAACAGUACGAUAUCAAUAAUUGUAAUAAUAAGGAAAACUAUUGUUAGAAUAAAUGUCAAUGAAAUUGCUAUUCGAGGAGUGAUUCAUAAAUUAGUAAUUUUGCAAGCUAAAUUAAAAAAGGCAAUUAGA